AUGACGUAAUCCAUUGUCCAGGGCAGUUCGGGACACCUGUGACAGUCGGUAAUGACACUUGGAGUGGGAAGGGCUGGUGGAUUUUACUUAGAUUUCAGGCGUGAAAUGGACACCGAUACACCAAGAUCAUGUAGAUGGAGCCCGUCUAUCUCCGAGUGCAAUAAGGUCAUCAACCCUCCUUCCAAAAUAACAAGUGCAUUGUGGAAACAGCUGAGUGAAGACUGUGAUGUAAAUAACUUAUGUUCUCCCCCUCUUACAAAUGCAAUAAGCGCAACAGAUAAUAGAAUUUCUUCAAAUGAACAAGAUUCUUCUCUUAAUAAGUCAUUGUCAGUUUCCCAGUCCCAAGAUUUUUGGCACACACCUUUAAGUUCAAAUGAUUCAUUACUUCAGGCUGAGUUAAUCCCAGUCAUCCAGAGAGAAGUGUGGGAGCCAUUGACUAAUCAUGGUCAAAUACCACAUGAUUUUACAGAUUUUUUGGCUUCAAGCCCACCUGGAAAUGUAAUUACACAGUCGACUUCAAGUGUAGACAUGUUUCCAACCAUAGGCAAUGAAGAAAACAUUUGCCCAUCUUUCGCCAAAGGUAUAGGAAAAUGCAGAAAUGAAUCGGGUUUGAUAGCAACUGACCUAAAUGACUCCACAAACCCAAAAAGUCAACUUUUCCCAUCAGCUCAAGAUGUUCCAAGGAAUUUGUGGAAUACAAAUACAAAAAUGCCAAGUGAUAGUACUUUUACUUCAUCUGUAACUGACACAUAUAGGCCUCAGAAUCCUCUCCCUUGGGACCACAUAAUGUCUUCAUUGUCUCAAAGGGGAGUGUUACAGGAUAUUGGGAAUAUGAGCCAACCCUCAGCUAUGGCACCACCAAAAGUGUGUCAUCCAUAUUCUUUACAAACUAAUAGGGAUUUUAUAACAUCUCAUGAACUUUCUUUACCACGUAAUGCUCCAUUGACUGAAUCCUACGGCAGCCAAGGAACAGCUUUUCAACCACAGAGACAGCACACAGAUUUAGUUGCCUUAAUGCAAGAACUAGCCUUGGUUUCUGGAGCAAGGGAUGUGGCACAUCUUUCAUACAAUGGAAAUAUGUUAAACUCAUACACUCCUCCCAAGUCUCCUGUUAUGUCCCCAGCAAAUUCUCCAACUAAAGGUUGUGUGUUUUGUAAGAACAAUAACUACCAUUCUACCUUCUAUAAAUCCCAUACAUUAAAGGAUGAACGUGGUCAUUGUCAGUGUCCUGUUUUGAGGUUGUACGUCUGUCCCCUCUGCAACGCUACUGGUGAUUUUGCUCACACUCUGAAGUAUUGUCCUCGAAAUACUGUGACCCAUGGAGACCCAAUUUCAGCAGGCCUUCCUCCUGGUAAAGUCACAAAUUGGAGAGAAGUGGCAAAUAGGAUGUUAGGCCGAUAUAAUACAAAUAACUGAAACUUCAGAUUGUGAGAUACAGUGUAUAUUAAGUCAUUUUAUGUACACUGUAUUUCUUUAACUACAUUUAUAUUUCAUAAUACUGUGAUGAAGAUAAACCCUUGGGUUCUUAUUUAAUUUUUAUUUCUUUUGAAUAUAAGAUACACAUUUUAAAGGAUAAAAUUCAAGAUCAGUUUUCUUACUUUCAUGAUGUCUGAUGGAUGUUUGAUUUCCUUGAAUGUUUUUAUUGUACAGUACA